CCUUUAAAAUGGCAAGCAGCUAUGAUCAGGCUGCCUGCGUUCUCUGUCAGCGGGUGGUAUAGCCUCCAGACUGUGUGGGCGCAGUUGAAAAGUUUCUUAUAAAAGCGAUGAUUCCGGAGUCUCGUAUUACGCGCGUCCCCCCCCUCUGUAACAAUUGUUUCUUACUACGAUUCCUUCCACCUACUCCGUUUCUCCUUCGUAGUAUUUCUUCGAAAAGCUCCCGUCACUAAAGGAAAUCUGGUCUAUGGUUUUGGCUGAAGAAGGUUCCACGAUGUCUCGGACUGACGAAGUACACCGUAUAACGGAGAAUGUCUAUAAGUCCAUUAUGGAGCAGUUCAACCCGUGCUUGCGGAACUUCGUGGCCAUGGGGAAGAGUUACGAGAAGGCCCUAUCCAGUGUCACAUUUGCUGCAAAGGGCUACUUCGAGGCACUGGUGAGGAUGGGAGAGAUGGCCAGCGAAAGUCAAGGCUCUAAGGAUCUUGGGGAUGUACUGUUUCAGAUGGCUGAGGUCCACAGGCAGAUCCAGAUGCAGCUUGAAGAUAUGCUGAAGUCGUUCCACAAUGAGCUUCUAACCGAGCUGGAGAAGAAGGUGGAGCUGGAUGCACGCUACCUGAACGCGGCUCUGAAGAAGUACCAGAUGGAGCACAAGAGUAAAGGAGAGAGUCUGGAGAAGUGUCAGGCAGAACUGAAGAAGCUCCGCAGGAAGAGCCAGGGCAGCAAGAACCCCUCCAAGUACGGAGACAAGGAGAUGCAGUAUGUUGAGACCAUUGGCAGCAAGCAGAGUGACCUGGACCAGUACACAGCAGAGGGCUACAAGAGUGCGCUGUCAGAGGAGAGGAGGAGGUACUGUUUCCUGGUGGACAGACAGUGUGCCGUGGCCAAGAACAGCAGCUCCUUCCAUAGCAAGGGUAAGGACCUGCUAGCCCAGAAGAUCCCGGCAUGGCAGCAGGCGUGUGCUGACCCUACCAAGCUGCCUGACCGUGCCAUGCUCCUGGCUCAGCAGAUGACCUCUACAGGGGGUUCCCUGGGGUCCGUCUCCCACACCCACCAUGGUUCAAAGGGCAACCUGCUCAUCUCUGACCCCAUUCCCGGGGCCAAACCCCUGCCUGUACCCCCCGAGCUGGCUGCCCUCAUGGGCCAACAGCGUAUAAUGGGACCAGGAGGAGUGGAUGGAGGGAUGCCCAUGAUGAAUGGAACGACAGGGGCCCAUGGAGGAGCAGGAGGGGGAGGAGGGGAGGACUACCAACACUGGAUGGAAGGGAAGAUGGCCCAGGCUCAGGCCCAGGCUCAGGCUCAGGCCCAGGCUCAGGCCCAAGCUCAGACCCAGCAGGCUCAGGCCUCCUCCCAGGCCCAGCACCUUUCCCAGCCCCACAGACAGGGCAGUGAGGUCUACUCCAACACCCUGCCUGUCCGUAAGAACGCCCCAGCCAAGAGCAACACCACCAUGGUUCCAGAGACCCGGACCCUGCCCCGGUCCAGCUCCAUGGCUGUAGGGCUGGAGAAGAACGGACGUACCCGUGUCCAGGCCGUCUUCUCCCAUUCAGCGGGGGACAACAGCACCUUGCUCAGCUUCUCUGAAGGAGAUGUCAUCACCCUGUUGGUCCCGGAGGCCCGCGACGGAUGGCACUAUGGAGAGAAGGAACAGAACAACAUGCGUGGCUGGUUCCCUUUCUCCUACACACGUGUCAUCCCCGAGACUGACAGCAACAAACUACGAGUCAACAAUCUCCACCAUGGUAAGAGCAGCAGCACGGGGAACCUGUUGGAGAGAGAGGACAUGGCAGGUGUCCCUCCCCCAGACUACGGCAUGUCAUCUCGCCUGCUGGCACAGAGCAUGCAGAGCGCAGCCAUGGCACACAGCAGCAGACGGCAACAACGGCCAUAUAGCGUGGCAGGGCCGGGCUUCUCACAGCAAGGACUUGAACAGUAUGAGCAACGUUUUCCGAAGAGUUCCGAAGGGGGAACAGUUACGAAAUUGAUUUCGACAGUGUGAGAAGGGACAGACAGACAGACACAGACUCUGCUUGCUGCUGCUGCAAUAAGACUUACUGACUGCCAGGCACCUCAGCAAUCCCUCAUCAUCCGCCCUCCUCACCAGUCACUCUAACCCUCACCCCUCCCCUCUAUCUAACCCUCACCCCUCCUCUCUCUAACCCACCACAACAUUCCCCUCUCCUCUGGCGCUUACCAGUCUACCCACCCCAAUUCCACCAAGGGAAAGCCUUGUCUACCCCCAAUUCCACCAAGGGAAAGCCUUGUCUA